AUGGAGAUUGAGCAUUUCAGUCACGAGCAUCUGUUAUCGCUGAGUGAAAAGAAGAGAGAAGAUGAGGUUUUAUGCAAAGCAUGCAAUAUAUAUUGCGUUGGUCCGACCUUCAGUUGCAGGGAAUCAUGUGGGUUCGGCCUGCACGAAUCAUGUGCAAAGCUACCGCAGGAGUUGCACAACCCCCUUCACCCACACGCUCUUUCCCUACACCCACAAUACGGCAAGUUUAAGUGUAAUGCUUGUGCCCAGGAUUGCUCGGGCUUCACCUUCCGCUUCGACAAGUGCGACGUCAAUCUUGAUCUUACUUGUGCUUUUAUAAGGCCAGCGAUAGAAGAAAGGGAGGAGCCAAAUGGUACACAUUUUAGCCACCACCAGCAUCCAUUGCUGCUCUUGGAGAAGAUCCCUGCCUACCGCAUUAACUGCCGCGUAUGUGGAACAUACUGCUCCGACCCGACCUAUGGUUGCUUCCCAUGUCGUUUCUUUCUCCAUCGGUCGUGUUUUGAGCGGAAGUUGCCGCAAGAGACCCAACACUUCUAUCAUCCCUGCCCUCUCAUUUUGUACACUACUGGCCCAGAUAAAUCUUCUCCUUGCAGAGCUUGUCGCCAAUUAUUUCCCAGGGGAGCCUUUUACUAUGGCUGUAGUCGGUGCCAUUUUGUGAUGGAUAUUGAUUGUACUCUAUUGCCCACUACCCAAUCUAAAAGUGAUCAAGAAGAGAUUCUCCAUUUCCUCCAUGGGCAUCCACUGUCACUCUCUAAGAUCAAGGCUGAUCACAAGGUCCAUUGCUAUGUUUGUGGGAAAGGCUGUACGGAUCCUACCUAUGCUUGUGGCAGACGUUACUGUAAGUACGUUUACUUUCACAAAUCAUGCCUUGAGUUGCCACAAGAGAUCAUCUGCCAUCCCUUUCAUCCACACCACCCUCUCACCCUAGAACUACUGCAGUAUGGUGGGCGAUGCAAUGCCUGUCGCAAGGAUAUCCGCUUCAACAACUCUGCCUACGUUUGUCAGUGUAACAAUUGCAGAUUUUUCUUGCACAUAGAAUGCAGUGUGAUAAUGCCUGCCAUAAAAUUCGAAGGCCACGAUCACCUUCUACAAUUCAGGGACAAGAUAGAGAAUAUACCCUAUAUAGGUGAAAAGUGCAGAGUUUGCAAUUUAUCUUGUGAAUCAUAUGCUUUUAGUUGUCUGUAUUGUGACUUCAAUCUUCAUCUAAUGUGUGGUCCAUUACCGUAUAGUAUUAACCAUAAAUGCCACAUAGAUCCCAUUGUCUUUACAAGUUCUCCCGUUGAAGAUGAAGAGGAUUGCAAGUCGGACGAAUUCUAUUGUGAUGCUUGUGAGGAAGAAAUUAGAGACACAUUAUUACCCAUUUAUUAUUGCAAGGAAUGUCCUUUUGUUGCUGAAAUUUCUUGCGUCAUCUCUGAGGUGGUGUCAUUACUAAAGGGAGAGCAUGGAGAUGUGGAGCUGAGGAAUCUUUCUGGACAGUUUGGAAAGUUGAUUCGUGAGAAAGAAGAACAACUGAUCAAGCCGGCUUUAACCUUGUAUGAUAUUUUGAAAUCUUUGAGUGAAGAGGAGAAUGAGGAAUUGAGUAGUGCUCUAAGGGCUAGAGGGAGGGAAACAAUUACUACAGAAGAGAUAUUAUGUAAUGACCAUGAUGAAGUUUUUUGGGUUUCUGACAAGGCUUACACAGAGUUCAUGAAAUUUCUUGAUAUUGGAACAGAGAUUCCUACAGAAUUUCGAGAUGGAGUGGAAGUUUUUAAGAUUUCGAAUUUCAUGUUUAGGUAUAGGCAACCUCCUGAAGAAGAGGUUGUCAAUAUUGGGGAUUACAUGGUUACUCGAAAGCUGGCACCUAUCCUAAAGGGGUUGCUUUCCAAACAUGGGGAUGUUAGUGCCGAGUCCAAGUUAAGUCCAAGAGUGAAACUUCACCUCUUCCACAUGUUAUGUGAGAGCAUAUAUAGCAUGAUAAAUACCAGAGUUGUGGAUAUCACCAAAGAUGAUCUUCUCAAAUGGUGGACAAGCUUGAAAACCUCACAAUUCGCAGGAUUUAGAAUUCAAUUUGCCUUUGAUCAUUUGAAGAGAGUUGCACAUGCUCAUUUUGGUCUUUAUGUUGAAAAGCAAGAAACCAAUGCUCUAGAUAAACUCGAUAGAGAUAUCAAGAAGCUUUAUAAAGAUAUCGAGGCACUGAAAGGAAAACGUGAGCGCAUAUCAUCCGUAAAAUCCAGCUUAAUCGAGGAAUGCUUGAGAGAGGCUUCGGUAAUGAGGCAAGGGAAAGCAGGUGUUGGACUACUAUAGGCGUCAACACAGAGCGUUAAACGUCCAUUGGCAGGCAUGUAUGUUUAUUUCUUUUUGUAUUAGCUUGUCUUGUUUAUGUAUCAGGAUUCAGGAAGUUUGUGGGUACUUAUUGUGCUAAUAUAAUAUGUUCACAGUUAACAUGAAUGUGUAAGUAGAGCUUUUUGAAGAAGAAAGCCCUUUUCCAUUCAUUACCCUAUUUUACCUACGAUUUUCCAUGAGCAAGGCAGUCAACUAUCAGUCAUAUUAUCCCAUGGAAUUUUUGUAGAAAGGAACGUUAUUGCCAUAAUUUUUGUGGUGUGGUUGCUAGCGUGCGCCAGCUGAGGCAGGACAAACUUGCGUUAUAGACCA